AUGUCCACAGCCUUCUUUAUCUUCCGGUUUCUGAUGUCCGCUCCAUCUGAGGCCAGCCUUUCCGUUGCACUUCAGUCAAAUGAGUAUCCGAUAAAGGCGAUGUAUUCAAUGAUCUCCGAUCUUUCUGCCGCCAUUUUUCCGCAUAGUUACUGGUUUUCGUUGAUCCGUGUGCUGAUUAUAGUCCUUGCCGUUUAUGCUGUAAACUUCGGAGCCCUUCAUUUUGUCGAUUUCUUUACAUUGUGUGCGCAAGCUGGUUGA